GUAACGGCCAGUGAACAGAUGUAGGUCUGUAUACGGUGUCAUCUAAGGUCAUUGUAUAUACAGCGUCUACAUAAUCAGCGUAAAAUCCAUAUCACCUCUGGCAAAGACAAGAUGGCGACGUCGCUAAGGAUUCUUUUUUUCGCGUUUGUCCUCCUCGCGUCAUCUUACAUGACGGACGGGAAAAAAGCGAAAGGGAAGAAGAUAAAGGUUAAGUACACGCUUCCACUGAACCGUACUGUUGAGGAGGAGCUGUACUCGGUGAAGCAGACCGUCAUGACUGUGAGGCAGGAUCUUCAUGACAUCAUGCGAGAUGUUAAAGGGUUAAACAGAAUAUUUCGUGAUGCCGAAAAUCGGCUAUCAGAACUAGAAAGAAUAAUCACGAUGGCGCCGGAAUCUGAAAAUGAAGAUAAAACACAUGAGCCGUCUGCACAGGCGCUUACCAGCAAUAAGCCAAAUGAAGCAAAAAAUUCGAAAAAACCGAUGCCAGGUGAAGGAAUGCCUCCCAAGUUUCUGGACAAGGUGAAGCUGCCUAAUCACGUGACUGUGACCGAGGGAGAGACAGCCAGUUUACGAUGCCCUGCUUCCGGAAAACCUCAACCCAGGAUUAUGUGGCUCAAAAAUAACAUUCUCUUUGCCCGCAAGCAAGGAAUGACAGAGGCCAUAAAGUGGAAGCUACUGCUGAGGAACAUGGUGCUUAACGAUCGGGGUAAUUACACGUGCUUCAUUAAGAACCGCUAUGGACAGAUACAACAUACCUUCAUUCUAGACGUUAAAGAGAUGCCAAAGACGACAAGAAAGCCCAGACCAUCAACUGAUACAACAACAACUCCUUUGUCAACUGAAACCACCGACACAACAACAACAACGCGGCGACCCAAACAUAAAACAGCAUCUCCACGUCCUCCUCAGCGGUCUGCCAUGGAGAUAUCAAGAUCAAAACCAAGGUACGGAAAACUAAGUAAGAAGAAGAAAGCGACUAAGGCUCCGCCCAGAAAUCAAAUGGGGACAGAAGCUCCGCCCAUACGGAGAAUCCCUUCUGCGAUUGGAUCUAGAGGGGUGACAGAAGCUCCGCCCAUACGGAGAAUCCCUUCUGCGAUUGGAUCUAAAGGGGUGACAGAUUCUGGAGAAAAGUGUGAAGCAAAAAUUGCAGCCAAUGGAAACCCGCCUACCAGGGACUGCUGGGAUUUGAAAAUGUAUCACUGUGUAGACAAAAGCGGUCUGUACAAUGUCAGUGUAGAUGGCAAAAGUUACGUUGUGUACUGUGAUAUGGCUACGGACGGCGGAGGUUGGACCGUCUUUCAGAGACGUUUCAACGGUAACGUGAACUUCAACCGUAACUGGGAGGAAUAUAAGAAUGGCUUCGGAAGAAUACGUGACGGAGAGUUUUGGUGGGGAAACGAGAAUCUGUACGUGUUCACGCGAGAUCGAAGGAUGAGGGUUCGUAUUGACAUGUCGGACGAGAUGAACAGUACAUUUGUGGAAUAUGACGGGUUCUGGAUCUCACAUGAGUCCGACUAUUACAGGCUGAAUGUGGAAGGGUUCCGGGGAAGAGGUGGUGAGGCGUUCCUACAGCCAGUAUGGGAAGAAGAAAGUCACAACAACAUGAUGUUCUCCACGAAGGACCGAGACCGUGACGGGAGCCUAGCCAAUUGCGCCGCACACUUCGGGGGAGGAUGGUGGUACAAUGACUGUUACGCCGCUAAUCUGAAUGGUGUCUACCCGCGGCCCGACGACAGGAAGACCCCAAGUCUUCAGUGGAAACCAUGGAAAGGCGCCAAGAAGUACUUGACAGGAGUGGAGAUGAAGAUCCGACCGGCCAUAGCUCCGACCUCCGUGACCUGGGAUUUCUGGUAUCCAGAGAAAGACGACUCGUUUAUACUGACCGAGUACUACAGAAUACACGGAGGCUGUUGUUGAUGUAGAAAGUUUGCUUACUUUGUUAAGCGCUGUUUAUCUAACUGUUUAUCUUGUGUACUCAUUAGUGCUCAUCCCACUUAUCUUGUCAAACUUUGUGGAUACCGAUCAACCGCAACCUAGAGGUAAUCGUGUUCUACAGAAUGCACAAGACUGUUACUAAUGUAUAAAACGUGGUCAUUUUCUUUCGUGCUGCUCUUCCCACUUAUCUUGUCAAACUUUGUGGAUACCGAUCAACUGCCGCCUAGACGUAUUCGUGUUCUACAGAAUGCACAAGACUGUUACUAAUGUAUAAAACGUGGUCAUUUUCUUACGUGCUGCUCUUCCCACUUAUCUUGUCAAACUUUGUGGAUACCGAUCAACCGCAGCCUAAUAUGUUCAUCCGUGUUGUACCGUGUUGUGGAAAACUUAUUAAAUACAUAAUACACUUAAUGUAACUGAUUUAGAACUCCGUAAAUUCCGAAAUCAAUUUUAAUAGCCGAGCCUACGAGAAUGGCAGUAUGGUUUUUGCGAAUUUGUGUGUUCGUGGGCAUCAGUUUUUGUGGUUGCUAUGGUAACUAGAAUUCCUUAUGUCCAGUGUACACAGACAUGACUUCGUGUCCAGUUAUAAGGACGUUUGUAAAGUAGACACUAAAAACUGCUGAGGUUCGUUGCACAACGCGUAAGUUUAGUAACGCGUUGUUAAUGUUAUGGGUUUGAUAUCGUAGACUUAUUCUUAUAAUAUAUGCUUUGUUUUAAAAGGGCCAUGAUGCCUAAAUUAUACAUAAAUUUACUGUGUCAUUUGUAGGCUUUAAUAAUUAAUAGAAAAUUUCUUAAAGAUGCCUAAUCCCGUUGUGUUGUAUAUGUCAUAUCAUUCUGUUUAUGCUAUAAAUCGGAUUGAAUUUUUAUUCAAAUAAAAUGAAAAAAAACCCCCGUACAAAUGAGCUACUAUUUUGUUUUUCUUUAACAUAUACUUUAAUUAUGCCGACAAAAAGGUCAUGUUGUUGACGAACAUACAACUUUAAUGUUAUAGUAUUAUACAGCAGUUUUGAACGAAGAUUUUAAAAUUUUAAACAUGAAGGCAAAAUGUAACUUACUUAACAAUAAGCUAAC